AUGGGUGGAUGUCGCGACACAGCGGGAUCGGCGCCAGAGGGGUGGGAGGGGCGGAGGGCGGUGGGCAAGGCCGGCAAGAGCUACCAGUACCGGGUGCAGGUGUCGCCCUACGACUGCACCGGCUGCGACGUGCCCUUUGUCGACGCGCUCGACCGCGGCCAGGCCCGCCUGUGGGACUUUGCCGCCGAGCGCCUCCCGAUCCGGAGCGAGGUCUACCCCAAGGAGUCGCUCAAGGGCAGCCAGUUCGCCAAGCCCUGCCUUGAGUUCAGCGGCGCGUGCGCCGGCUGCGGCGAGACGCCCGUCGUGAAGCUGCUCACGCAGUUGUUCGGCGACGAGCUCUACAUCGCCAACGCGACGGCUGCUCGAUCCGCCUACACGACCAACGAGCGGGGGCACGGCCCGGCCUGGGGCCACUCCCUGUUCGAGGACGCGGCCGAGUACGGCUUCGGCAUACGACACGCGGUGCGGUACCGGCGCGAGGCCCUGCGGCGCGCGGUGCAGCGCGACUUGGCCGCCGGCGCAUAUGCGGCCGAGCACCCGGUGCUGGCCGAGCUCCUGCGGCGGUGGGACGCCGCCUACGACGACCGCACGCAGAGCCCGAGCCUGGCGGCCAAGGUGCGCGAGUACCUCGAGCGCCUGCCAGCGCCCGCCGCCGUCGCGCGCGGCCCGCUGCGUGAGCUGCACGCCGAGCGCCACAUGCUCGCUCGCAAGACGCAAUGGAUCAUCGGCGGCGACGGCUGGGCCUACGACAUCGGCUUCGGUGGGCUCGAUCACGUGCUGGCCUCGGGCGAGAAGGUCAACGUGCUGGUGCUCGACAACGAGGUCUACGCCAACACGGGCGGCCAGGCCUCCAAGGCCACGCCGCGCGCGUCGCAGGUCAAGUUCGCCAACGCGGGCAAGACCACGGCCAAGAAGGACCUCGGCGCGAUGAUGAUGCAGUACGGCAACGUCUAUGUGGCGUCGAUCUGCCUCGAGGCCAACCCGGACCACGCCGUGCAGGUCCUGGCCGAGGCCGAGGCCUUCGACGGGCUCUCGCUCGUCAUCACCUACGCGCCCUGCAUCGCCCACGGCAUCAAGGCGGGGAUAUCGACCGAGGUGGAGGAGGCGAAGCGGGCGAUCAAGGCCGGGUACCACAUCCUGUACCGGUACAACCCACGCCCCUCGACGCGGCCGUCGUCACUCUCCUCCGACCGAGUAGUCCACCAGCUCAUGCAUGUGUUGUGGCUUAUGGGUUCAAUCGUUGUGAUUCUACUGAAUGGCCAACCUUGA